AAGCAUGCAUAAAAAACUUAUGCAAUGGCAAUUUCUGUUUGUUAAUUACUGAUCGUUAAUUACAUAUUAUGCGAGGAAUAUACGAAAGCAUGCAUAAAAAACGCGCACAUGUGCCGCAGAUAAGAUAUCCUCUGUUGCAAACAUCUGUUUGCAAAUAUAAACAAUGUUGUGUACGUGUUACAUAUAUGACAUUCAAGUAAUAACGCGCACCUUAAUUUUCCAGUGAGGUUAACUGAUAGCGACCCCGUUUUUCCGUUGCGUAUAAUGCAAAAAUAAAAGCGCAAGAAAACAACGGUCGUAUGACAUAAUCCGGUAUAAUACCUACACACCCGUUUCCCGAGAUCCACGAUAGUCUGCGUAUCGCAUAUAUUAUAAGACGGGGAAUCACACGUUGCCAGGCAGACAGUAUCUCUAUUAUACCUCGACCUUCCCCGUUGCGCGUGUCAUACAGCAUGAAGGUGACUGAACGAAUUAGCUUUGAAAAGGAAAAAGAAGAUUCCCAGAUGCAUUAUCGUUACCUCGCUCAUUCAGCGGCAGGCACGAAAUUAUCUUUAAAUAACUUACCUUGGCUACCGCAGACGCGAAGAAAAAAAGAGCACUUACAAACGGAAUUUCCAAACAUCUUUAUAUACGAGCGAUUCCACGUUCGCCAAAUCGAACAACAAAUAAGUAUUUGUUCCAAGUUGUUCGUUUUUAUUUGCUGUGUUUUAAUAUGGAAUCGUCCAUAUAUAAGAUCCUUGAAACAACGAAGUCACACCAGUCGUGCGAGUUACUCAGAGUUGUGAAUUGUGCAGAGUUGAAAAAUCAA